UCAUCGCACAUCAAUAACUCAAGAAAAAGAAACUACAAUAUAUGAUAACUUUGAUCUUGAUAAUUAUAAUAUUCAAAAUGAUGAUGAUGAAUUUGAAGAAGAAUAUGAAGAUUUAUUAAUAGAAGACCAACCAUUAUUAUGUAUAGAAGAGAAUCUCAAUGAAAAACUAGCACUGAACAUUGAAAUUGGAGAAUACUUUAUACAAAUCAAUAAUAAAAAAUAUAAACAA